AAUGGAUUGGCACUGUCUAGUUGUUCCGGUGCCGCGCUGGCCGUGGGUUUAUUCUGGGCGAUGCGGUGAGGGGGCUUAGGCUGCGCCUCGCGGGUUGCCGGGAUGGCCAACGUGUAUUCUUUGGACGGGCUCUUGGUGUUCGGGCUGCUUUUCGUCUGCACCUGCGCCUACUUCCGGAAAGUCCCUCGGCUGAAAGCCUGGCUGUUGUCGGAGAAGAGAGGGGUCUGGGGGGUAUUUUACAAAGCGGCAGUGAUUGGAACCAGACUCCAUGCAGCAGUGGCAAUAUCCUGCAUUGUCAUGGCUUUUUAUGUUCUCUUCAUAAAAUGACUACCAGCACCUCAGAUGGACGCUGUUUGAACAAAAAUGCUAAAAAGGACAUAUGUCUUUUGCAUCAGAAGACAAAAUUUCUUAGAGAAACUUACAGAGCAUUCUGCACAUAUGUCAAGAGGAAAUUCCCCUGUGACCAAGCUUUGUUUGAGACCAAGAGAGUGGCUUUUCUAACAGUAGCUCUCCUGUAUUCUUCUUGUAGUGCUCAAACAUUGUCAGCAAAGAUUGUUUCAGUGCAGAUUAUUAAAAUCAAUAUUAUAAUGUGCAUAAGGAAAAUGUCACAUUUGUGUUGCUAAUCAAAAUACAUAAGGUAAUUGUGUCAAAUAGAAAUGGAUAAGGCUUUUCCAGAUUCUGGCACGGUGUGGAAGGGUUAAUGUUCCUGGUGUAUCAAAAAGAAUUGCUUUCAGUCAAACAACAUAAUGUGAGGAGCAAAGGAAAAUGUAGAGUUACUUUUGUUAACAACUCUUUAACGAAUGCACUUUUGAGGCUUGGAGCUCAAACUGUCCUGAAAUUAGUGACUAGAUGUGGUAUAUGAGCUAGUGACAGCAUGAAAACUUUUUGCACAGUUUAGAGAUGGGCAAAUGUGCCAUUUAUCCAUAAAAAAAGAGUUCUGAAGUACAAGAAAACAACAAAUACGCUGUUAGAUGAUAUAUUUGUGUGCCCCUUGAAAUAGCUGUCAGCGCCUAUUACAAAUGGUUAAGAAGAGAAGCUGCACAUUCUGUGGAGUUAAGGUAGCCAUUAAGAGUUGCUGAUUCAAACAUAGCCACAGUUGUUGUGUGUUGGGGAAAAAUGGGGACAUGUGCUGUUACAUAAUAGAUGUUAAAAUAUUUUGAGUCACAUUUAAAGAUUAUAACUUGUAUAUCUGGGACAGUGUACAAACUUUAAAGACUCAUGUUUGCUUUCUGUGUCACUUUUAAUGGUUUGGUUCUCUCUCCCUAAAAUUUAAUUGUAGGAACUAAUCUCCUACAGUAGAAGUUGUAUGUUUAACUUGUACAUUUACAAUGCUGAAAAUGCUUGAAAGAUACAAGUUUACAGAUGAUUUCAGGAUAGAGGCCUAAUUUAUUUUCUUUUAAUCCAUUGUAUUUACAAUACCAGUUCGUUCUGAAAAGACUGUCGAUUUCUUUUUUCAAUUUUGUAUCUUUUUAUCACAGACCAAGAACUGUCAUCAAUUACAUGUCUUUAAAUCAGAAACAAAUAUGCUGGAGCCCUGACCUGGCUUCUGGGGCAUUCCAGCUAUAUAUGUUUGAAUAAAUCUGCUUUAUUUUGUCCCCCUUGCCCUAUAUUUAGUGAAUUACAGGACUCCUU